AUAGCCAUAACAAUCAAGUAUAUUUUCUCUGCAUCCUUUCUUGUACUGACAUCAACUGACAGCAUCUUGGACAUCAACAUUAAAGUUCAAGAGCAGAUUCACCACCCCAGUAGCAUGUGACAAGUAUUUUCGGUAUCUAGCGGAGGCUGCUUAACCCCAUGUGCAGCUAAAAGAGUUUUUUUAAAAAGUGGGCUUGAAACAAGUGUUGACUUGCUAUAAAAAUGAGACAGCAUGAAAUUACUAUUUCAAUGUGCAUCUUUUACAGGAAGAGCCAUGUUUUUGAGUAUGCAGUAAAUCAACGGUCUGGAUUUCCUAUCGAACUCUUACAAGGAAUUAAUGGAAAGACAUUGUUUGUAGAUGAGCAAAAUAUGGUCUAUCCAGUGACGAGUUUUCCAGAGAAUGCCAUCAAUCAAGUCUCCCGUACUGCUAUUGAACUACAUCAAAAGCAAUUUGCACCUACAUCUCAAAUACUGAGGCAGAGGCAAACGAUUGAGCUGGUAUUUCUUUCCAAAGUGGAAUAUGAGUGGAAUGGGAAAUCCUACUCCUAUUAUGUUUAUGGAAAUGAACACAAAGUAUAUGCUGAUGAUUAUCCUAGAAAAUGUUGCUGUUUUAUCAUAUAAUUUAUAUAUCACUUCAACUAGAGAAAAGGCCAUGCAUAUUAGAUAAAGAUAAAGCUUUUCCCCUGACGUUAAAGCUACUCAUGUCCAACUUUGAGGUUUGGUGCUCAUGUCUAUUUCUAAGCCGAAGAGCCGGUGUUAUCUGUAGAAAUC